AUGUCAUACUUCGGCCUGGAGACUUACAACCAGAACCAAUCUGAGGAAGACUUGGAUGAAGAAAGUGUGAUUUUAACGCUGGUCCCAUAUACUGAGGAGCCAACCACAGAAUAUCCUACGGAAUCAAAUGUUUCUUCAGUCAUAGACCACAAACCACCAGCCCGUUCUCUGGUGAGAUAUGAGGGAAUCAAACACCCAACAAGAACCAUACCGAGCACCACUCCUCCACUCACCCUGCCUCCGAUUUGUGACGUGUCCCGGAACAAGCUUCGGGAGUGGUGUCGCUAUCAUAACUUGAGUACGGAUGGCAAGAAAGUUGAGGUUUAUUUGAGACUUCGAAGGCAUUCAUAUUCUAAACAAGAAUGUUAUAUUCCCAACACAUCUCGUGAGGCCAGACUGAAGGUGGGUCCCAAGAAACCUAAGAUAGUCUUCAGAGGAAUCGGGCCUCCAAGCAGCUGCCAAAAUCAGAAGCAGGAGAGCGGUAUACUGGAAAUUCUCACUUCACCUCAGGCGUCCACACUUGCAGCCUGGGGGAGAAUUGCCAUGAGAGCUGCUCAGUCCAUGUCUCUGAAUCGCUGUCCUCUUCCCUCUAAUGUGGAGGCCUUUCUGCCACAAACCACUGGAUUCAGAUGGUGUGUUGUCCAUGGCAGGCAGUGCUCUGCAGAUAAGCAAGGCUGGGUUCGCCUGCAAUUUUAUGCUGGUCAGACCUGGGUUCCAGAUACUGCCCAUAGGAUGAAUUUUCUCUUCCUGUUACCAUCCUGCAUUAUCCCAGAACCAGGAGUAGAAGAUAAUUUGCUAUGUCCUGACUGUGUUCACAGCAACAAGAAGAUCAUGAGAAACUUUAAAAUUAGAAGCCGUGCAAAGAAAAAUGCCCUACCCCCAAAUAUGCCAGCUUAGACAACAUCACGGUCUUACUCUGAUCUGAAGGGAAUGGAAAAAGCGAAGAAAAACAUUCUGUGAUUCCUAUAAUGGCUAAAAAAA